AGAGACUAAAUCCAGAGAAAACUUACAUGAAAACAACCUGAGAAAACACUGUAGACUGUUGUGAAUCACAAUGGGGAACAGCGGGUCUGGAGCUGGUGGUCAGAUAGCAAUUCCUACACAAGAGACCUAUGUGUGGUACAGAACUUUUAUGAUGGAAUAUCCAUCCGGCUUGCAAACACUACAUGAAUUUAAGACACUUUUGGGUCUGCAGGGUCUGAAUCAAAAGGCCAAUCACCAUGUUAAUCAAGUUUACAAUACCUUUGACAUGAACAAGGAUGGAUUUAUUGACUUUUUUGAGUUUAUCGCUGCUAUAAAUCUAAUCGUGAGAGAAAAAAUGCAGCAAAAAUUAAAAUGGUAUUUUAAGCUGUAUGAUGCUGAUGGAAGUGGUUCUAUCGAUAAAAAUGAACUUCUGGACAUUUUCAUAGGUGUACAAGCCCUCGGUGGCCAGCAAACUCUGAGUCCUGAGGAAUUCACCAACUUGGUGUUCCGUAAGAUUGACAUAAACAAUGAUGGAGAACUGACUUUAGAAGAAUUUAUCAAUGGCCUGGAAAAAGAUCAGGAUCUCCUAGAGAUUGUUUACAAGAGCUUCGACCUUUCCAACGUGCUGAAAGCAAUCUGUAAUGGGAAGCAGCCAGACACCAAAGAGGACUUCUCCAAACCACCUGAGAAGGCCGGUCUAGGGAAGGUGAAAAUGAAGCAGCUGUGGGGGCCCCUCUCCCAGUGA